AUGAUGGUGGUCAUGGACCUGGACGUGCAGGUUUUUCCGGGCUGGACCGACACCCUGCGUCGCUGCCUAGAGCCGAAAGAAGCUAAAGAAGAGGAGGAAGAAGGGGCUGCAGCUGUGGGUACUGCGGGUGCGGAUGUGUGCUUUCUGCAGCAGGCUGCCUUUGGAGACCGGCGUCUCCAGCAGGUGAACAGUGGAGUCUUGGUCUUUGGGGGCCGGGAAGGGCAAGAGGCACUUAGCCGACUUAGCCGGGUGGGUUCCUUUCUGCACGCUUUGGUGGCCAGGCUUCAAGCCCAGGAAGUCCUGGCAAGGCUCCUUCCAGAUGCGGAGCCUGUAAAUUUUGAGCAGCUUCAGAUGAACUACAUCUUAAACUAUAUCCGCAAACAUGUAGAACAUGAAAGCGGAGCAGCAAAAGUGGUGAGAUGGGGGAUCUACAGCCCACUUGUAGCCUAUGCUGGUAUGUUCCUAACGCAUGGCAUUCUCACAGACACUGUGCACCAUGCCACCGCCUCCAAUGUGCACCUCAAGAGCAAGAUACGCUUCAUGGAUGCAUCCAAGCUCUUUGUGGAGGAUCUCAAAGAGUUUUGCCCUCUAAGCCCUGCGGGCCAGCAACUGGUUUUGGGGCCCUUGGAAGAGUUCUGCUUUUAUUUCACAGGCAAGGACCCCCACUUUGGUCCUUUGCUUCCGCACUACAAGCUCUUUGCAGGCUUCUCCGAAGCAGACAACGCAAAGGUGAUUCAACACUUGGUCACGAGGGCAGAGGGGCGGAAGGCCUGGAUCCAGUUGAUCAUCCACUUCAACGCAGGAGGCUACCGCCGCUGGUGCACGGUGUCGGUGCAAGGGUGCGAGUGUCUUUUGAAUCCGCCUGCCGAAUAUCUGGCUCUCAGAUGUCUGAAGCAGAUGGAGCCUGUGCCAUCUGUGUCCUAUGUCUCCUGUGCCUCGUGUCCCUUGCGGUUUCGACCAGUGACACGGCGAGGUUUGAGGAGCUUUGAAGCUCUGCGAGAUGUUCACCCUGACAUCCGUUCAACCAUCUGCAACCUCUCGGGCAGCCUCGGUGUCUUCUGUGGUCUCGCUGUUCUUCUCUCAGCGCGACAUGCUCAAAAGCGUACACACGGACGUCCGUUUGAAGGACGUCUUGCGGCAAUUGCGGCAAGGGCCGAAGAGGAGUCAAGUAAUGCCAGUACAGCUUCCAAAGCUUUGGUGUUCGGCCGCCAAACGCGCUUCUGGCGCAGCCUGGACGUCCGUCGCUGGACGACCGGUCUGCAGCAGCCCAUGAUCCUGAAACCUGAAGAGGCUGAAGAGGAGGAGACCAUCAUCCUGAAGAAAGAAAAGGUUACGGAGUUUCAGGAGGAUGGCGUGGUCUUGCUCCGGGGCGUCCUGAAAAACUGGGUGCCCUACUUGAGGUCCGUGGUGCAACAUCAGAUGGAGAACCCGCAGGUGACCUCCUUUGUCACGGGCCUGCGGAGCUUCUUUUCAAUGGACUACGUGCAGGCGGGGGUCUUCCUCACCAACGACCGGAUCUUGGACUUCUGGAUCAACUCCCAAGCGCCCAAAAUUGCCGCUCAGCUCCUCCAGUGUGCGGAGGUGCGACUUGUUGUGGACCAGCUGAAUGUGAACCCGCACUGCCCUCCGUUCACUGAUCGGGACAAGCUCCAUACAGAUGUGGGAGCCAUCUCGGCUUUGGCGAAAGAGCAAGAUGUGGUCCGUUGCUGGAUCCCCUUGGAAAGUGCACGGGAGAAAGGGGUCGGGACCUUGGAGUUCGAGGUCAGGGGCCAGCGCAGGAGGUUCACGGAUGUGAAGGCCGGGGACGUGCUGAUGUUUUCACCCUGGAUUCCUCAUCGGGUGCUUUUCCCGCCAAACGACAUCUACGAGAAAGAGGACCGUUGUGUCCUUAUAGCCAGUCUCCAUGGCCACCGUGGCACGGACGAGAACCCUCUGGAUGCUCGACUUUGCAAAGUGAGUAAACCCUUUUUCUCCUAG